CUGUAUCCGUCCCCUGCUCCCAAACCCACACCUUCCAUUCCUCUCUCCUCCAGUCCACCAACCUGCUGCCCGGCCACCACCUCCAUCCAGACGCAGCAGUGCCCCGUUGCAAAGCGAAAGGUUCCUCCCUUUUCGCUUCACCAUCGCGGCUGACAAGCAGAGCUCGUUAGCAGGACUCUCUUGCGUCUCGACCGCCCGCCGUCCACGGACAAAGAGAAGGACCUGACCUGCGGAGCCCCGAGACACAGGACGCUCGACCGCUCAACAAGGAGCAGCAGCAGCGCCCGACCCCGUUUUUUGCUGAACCUACCUGCCUUGCAGACGCAGCAGCAACCAGCAACCAGCAACCACACGUUCCCGACCUCUCGAUCUCGACUGGACCUCGAGCAAGCAUCGACCACUCGAAACAGUGGCUGCUGUUGGAUCGCCGGUCCUGCCGGCUGCGCUGCUGCCCUUUCCCUCCUCCAGUCCCGCCCGCACCUCCCCGCCGACAAAUCCGGGGCCGCCGGCUGUCUCGCGGAUUGCCUCUGUUGCUGGAACAUUGCCAGAGCAAUCCUCGAUAGGCCCAACUUCCUUCUUAUCUCGUCGCCACAGUCCUCCCAAGACCACAGAAGCAAAACCUCCGACGGCAUAUCCUUUUGAUGGUCCCGUUGCGAAGGACAUAAUCUCUGUCCCGAUCCCAGCACACACCCGACCUUCCCCCGCAGCCCUUGUAUCCCCCUCACAAUCGCUACGCGGCCGAUCAGACGCGGGAAUGCCUUACACACCCCCAUCCCACCGCUCCCCCGCCUCGUCGACCACCCCGUCACCAGAAGUGAGCCGUCGUCCCUCGCUGGCCACCGGAGGCUCGCGCCCUUCGCUGCCUCGGUCGGCGUCCUAUCUCACCCGUCACCGCAGGACCCCGUCCGCUCCCACCACGCUGCAGAAUGUCGCCCCCAAGUACCAGCCCACUCCGGAGGGGACACCAGAGGAUGUGAAGAACACGGUGAUCAGUGCCAGUCUGCGAAAGUCGCCCCCACCUGUCACGGACGGCCUCGGUAUCCCAAAUGGCGCCAUCCUCUCCCCUCCAGAGUCAUCGGCUAGUAGCGACGACGACGACCUGCCCCGGGUCCGAGGAAGGAAACUAGAGAACCUCAAGGAGCUGCACGAUGCCAUCAGCCAGAUCCCCCAGAACCGCGAGAGCUCCCCAACAAAGGGCGACGCAGCAGCAGCACCCGUGAAGGUGGUUAUCGAUUCGCCCCAGGCUGGUGAGGUCUUGCACACGAGCUUUAGCACUAGCACCUUGGAUGCCCUCGCCGGUGCCGGCCGCCGCAAGUCGCACCAGAGGUCGGCAACAGAGUCGGACAUCGUGAUCCCCAAGAUGGACGAGAACUCUAUCUCGACAUCGGACGCCGACUCUGACGAGGAGUUCAUGCGGAGGAAGCCGCAGAUGGUCAGGAAGAAGUCUGGCGAGCUGGUGAGGCCUGCCCUGCGUCCACCUUCGCGGAGGCGGCCAUCUAGCAUGCCCGGAACGCCUACCUUUUCCAAGGCCGUUCACUUCGACUCUCACCUCGAGCACGUCCGCCACUUCCUUCAGGUCGACAGGCCGCUCGCUGUUAGUGCCGGGUCGUCGCCUAACGAUAACUACGGGAGUGAUAACGAGUUCCCAUUCCCGGCCUCAGACAACAGCCGGCCCCAAUCCCGCUCGCCCCCAUUCGAGUGGGAGAUCAUCGUCACCAACUUCCCUCUGGAGACACCUGACCGCAAGGCGAUGCCCGUGAGGCUAGAGCGCGUCUGGCUGACGGCUGAUCAGAAGUCUCUGGUCGGCUCGGUCGAUGUGGCCAACCUGGCGUUCCACAAGCACGUUACCUGCAGGUUCACAUUCGACUACUGGAAGACCACAUCAGAGGUCGUGGCUGAGUACUCGUCUGAGAUCCGGACAUUCAACUCGCAAGUAAGCCACGACAGGUUCAACUUCACCGUCAAACUGUCCGAGAUGGCCAAUCUCGAGUCCAAGACGCUGUACUUCUGCAUACGCUACAAUGUCAACGGCCAAGAGCUGUGGGACAGCAACGGAGGCACCAACUUCCAGGUCGAUUUCCACAAGAAGAUGCUGCCGCAGAACGGCAAGCGCGGGUUCCAGGGUGCGUCGUCCCGUCCUGUCACGGGCGGGCUCCCCAAGAGCAACCGCCGUGGCGGUCACGCCCAGGAUAGCUCCAAGCCCAAGGCGGCGCCCCUUGGAAUGGCCGAGUUUGGCCAGAAUGGCAAGGUCAAGUUCGGGCAGUCCAUCGAGGACUACCUCGGCGAGGAGGAGUCGACGGCGAUCCGGCUCAAGGGGGUCAAGUCGACGACUAGCAUCCCGAGCGACAACCUGCCCAGCCGCCUCUCCACUCCGAGCGGCCAAGCCUUUGCCAACCGCUAUGACUUUGGUGUGUCGUUGUCGACGGCGAUCCAGGCUGGCAAGCAAUCAUCCCCCAAGGGUGAUGACCUCUACAUGAAGGGCAACACGCGGGGCAUGCCUCUGGCGGCGCCGAAGCGGGUCCCGCCUCCUGUCAACACGGGCGGGAGCCCUGCCCUUCCCACCCGACAGAGCCAACCGACUAAGAAGCCCGCGCCCGCCCUCCAGCCGGCAGCUCCCUUCACUGGGGCCCACGCCCCAACCGGAUCGAGCCUUGCUACUGCCUCGUACGAGGAGCUGGUUAACAAGUACUGCUUUUUUGGCUCGAAGCAGUCCAGUCCCCAGAUGAACGACGGGACCAUGAGAUCAGCUGGCCGAUUCGACGGCGCCGACGACGAGAUCAGGACGCUGAGCUCCAACGACUCCAGCCUGGUUGGCACACCCCUGCACAUGGCUGGCCCCAGCCGGAUCCAGGGACACGGAGCACAGCACCACUCUCUCCGGAGCAUCAACCCUUAUUUCCACAACGUCGCCACCUCCGGUUUCCCGCCGGCUCUGCCUCCAAUGUCGUUGCCCUCGCAGCAGCCCACCCAGCCCCAGGCCCCGUCGUCAUCCGCCCCCGCGAACCCUGGCUGUUCGACCUCGCCGGAAACGGGCAUGGUGGGAUCCUUCCAACCCAUGACCGGUACGUCGUCGCCGCCGAAUGAGCUUCAGUAUCAUCAGCACAAUUACGGUCGCUUCCCUUUUGCGGAGACUCAUACGGCCACGGCAAUUAGGGGUUAAGCGGUUUUGAGCUUCGGUGACUUCCGCGGAGUCAAAAAGCCAUGGUUGCCGGACGAAUUGCUGUGGCUAUUCGGUAAUGGCCUUUUCGACACUCGCGCAACCAACUCUCCCUACAUUCGACUUUUCAACAACCACCAGUAUACACCGGCCACCCCAGCCACCUUCUCGACUGGGUCGCCGGGUAUUCUUUUUCUGGACCCAACUGCAUCAACAUGAUCAGCAUUUUGGCCUCCACAAUUUACGUUUUGAAGAUCCAUGUUCACCCAUGGUAUCCACACGACACAUGUCGCCUCACUCUCUUUUUCGAUAUAUUGCCUCGACCACCUACACGACAGCGUCUUGUUUGUCAUAUACGAUACUCCCACGGCGCAACCUACUGGGUCGAUAUAGAUCCCCUCAUCAACACUCACCCCAUCUUUGCAUGAAUGCAGUUUGCGAGACAUUUGGCAGGCUGGGAACGGCGUUUUCAACGUUCUCUUCUUAAUGCAUAAUUCUCUGCUGUUGUUUGCUUCUUCACCUUUUUCGCACUCCUUUUACUAUUCUUUUCCUGGAUCCUCCUGACUUUCGAUCAUCCACCGAGCGUUGGCUUUCAGUGCCUGUGCGUCGCUUUGUUUUCACGAUGCUUCCGUUUGUCUAUUUUCAGAUUGCGAUUUCGUCCUUGUUCUCGCUACGCAUCUCCACUCCUGGGAAGUCGACAUUUUCCUCUUGCUUGUUGGUUUUUACCGUUUUGGGGUUUGGCGCAUGUUUUGCUACUGUCUACCUGUUUGUCAGGUUGGUUUCCUCACAUGAUUGGUCGUGGACCUGGAACGCCAAGCACACGAGAGGUUGCCAUGGUCUAAAUAAAAGCGAGGGAAAGGUGUACCGGAGUUGUUGCUGUCUUCAAACGGUUCUUGUUUCUCUUUGGUUUCUUUUUUUCUCCUUCCUCAUGACGUCCGCACGGCGUGGCCUGGUAGUCACCACUGUGGCUGGGCUCGGAGGUGAACCGCCGGUAGCCGACCACCGACGGACAAACUCCCGUCGCUGGAAGGCACUGUGCUUGGCCUCGAUGGAGCCUAGGAUGGGCGCUAGGGUGUGAAAGCAUUCCGGGCGAUGAGGAUACGGGGGCGGUGGAAAUCUCCGCAGGCAGUUUGUCGUGGCAGAACCUGACUGGUACGGAUAAGGAUUUGUGGUUACGGGCUGGGAAAGGGCGUUUCGACCUAGCAGUGCGUUUGGGAAUGGGGUCUCGGGUUUCCAUGCAGUGGGGGAGAUACAAGGGGUGGACAAAAAGAAGAAACAAAAAUAAAAAUAUAAAUAACAGAAUGCCAGAAAGCAUGAUUAUUCUGAAUAAUGUUUCUUUCCCCUCUGCAGCGGAGCGGUCGUCGGUGCGGUUGCUCAAUAUGUUUCAAGCGGGGCGGACGCAUGUUGCAUGCGUUAAAAAAAAAAAAGGCCUGGCCACUGGGUCGCCCGCUGAG